AUGACCACUCACACGUUUUGCCUUGCGCACUUCUGUGAGGCACACGGCCCGUCGACAAUCAUGUGUACACAGGCGGUCGCGGCGACGGCGGUACGCGACUCACUCCUCCUGCCUAACGCCAACCUCCAGACAUGCGCAUCCUGUAAGCUCAUGCUCCCAGAUAACGCGGCAAAUAUGACCACGGCAGCCGGCUCGCAGAGCUUCCUCUCGCAGCAGUACCCCACACACCCCGCCACGUUUGCGGGACUCAAAAAGGUUGUGAUGAAGUCGCUUUCGGCGGAAACCACGACAGAUUCACAGCCGCUCAUGUUCGGUGACGCCGAGACUGGCUACUCACUUGUGCGCAUCUUCCGCGUGCGCGAUCCUACCGCACGCGGUGCUGAGCGCAAGUACGCACUCAUCUUGAACGCCCGCGGUGCCGCUGAACAGGCGCUCAUGAAACUGUGGGAUAUAGUUGCCGAGAGCUUCAACCAGUUGAUCGAGUAUUUCCACGACCGCGCGCUAGAACUUGAAAAGGUGAGCGCGGACGAGCACGACGGCGAGAUCCACAACGAGCGCUUCCUCCGCCGCUCCGCCGUUAAACCACGAUCUCUUGUUGAGUUGAUGAAAGAUGAGAAAUUAUUUGUCAAGCUUCACUUGUGGGUCUGUGAGACGCUCAGGGAUCUUUAG